AUAAAGCAUCUCUCUUCUGUUACACUACAGCGUAAAAAUGACGACGGUAGUGGAAAUGGAUGUGCCUAUGGACUGUCCUGGUUGCGAGAGAAAAGUUAGGAAAGCUCUUGAAAAUAUUAAGGGAGUCCACGAUGUUCAGAUAGAUAUGAAUCAGCAAAAAGUAACGGUGACUGGUUCAGCGGAGCAGAAGAAAGUUCUUAAAGUUGCUAGGAGUAUUACAGGGAGAGAGGUAUGCCUAUCGUCGUGCCCCUACCACCCCGAAUCUAAUGGAUUUCACGACAAGUACUUCAAGAAGAAGUUUAACAAAAGGAUCAACAUGUCAAAGAAUGGUGAGAAAGUGAGUUCUUAUAACUACUACAUGCAUGGAUGCCACGGACACGACCAUGGUUACCGUCAGGAACGGCCUUAUUCGGGUCUUAUCGACGAGAACGCUACUUCUAUGUUCAGUGAGGAAAACCCUCAUUUCUGUAACAUCAUGUGAUAUCUGCGUUUUCAUUAACUAUACUAUGGAUGGUUUGCGCUUUGGUUUGGUUAUGCUCUUGUAAUUAAAUAAACACGCAACCUAGUCGAAACCAAAUUUGAGUCCGAUCCUCGUCAUCAGCUCAGUUGGAUUCGAUCCAGUCUCGAUCAAAAUGUUUAUGUAAUAAAUGGUUUUGGUUUAAAUUUGGUUAAUUAAAGAAAGCUCUC